AAUGAUCGAGGUUGUUUGCAGUGACCGUCUGGGGAAGAAAGUCCGUGUGAAGUGCAACACCGAUGACACCAUUGGGGACCUUAAGAAACUCAUCGCGGCUCAAACUGGCACCCGUUGGAACAAAAUUGUCCUUAAAAAGUGGUACAUGAUUUUUAAGGACAACGUGUCACUGGAAGACUAUGAAAUUCAUGAUGGGAUGAACCUGGAGCUUUAUUACCAAUAGAGCAGAAUUCUUUCUCCUGCCCUGCUCCCCACCCCCAGUCACACUGGUAUGGAUGCUUUAACAGUGCACAUGAAUAAAAACUU